AUGAAGGCCUCACUCAGCAUCGGCGCCCUCCUCGGCGCCCUCCUCGCCACGGCCGCCCCCGCCGACCUCAGCAGCGCCGUGACCGACCUGUCCAACAGCGCACUCCCGGCCGUGCUGGUCAGCCCCGCCGCCGAAAAGGUCGAAGCGCCCACCGAGAAGAGCGUCAGCGGCAGCCAGACCGGCCCGCCCGUGUGCGGAACCUGCCACGACGGCACCAAGCAGUGCUGCGGCCUGCUGGUGGCCACGGGCGCCUACGGCUGCUACAGCCAAAAGUGCACC